AAAGUGCCCCUGUCCUACCUCCCUUUUCUCUCUCUCUCUCUCUCUCUCUCCCUGGUUGUUGGAGUUCCUGUCCUGUUGUUGUGUUGUGCUUUGUUGUGUGUCCUUAAUUUCUUCAACCUUCUCCACAUUUAAUAUUACACAAGUACUAAUCACUCGGUCUUGUGCAUUUCUAUUUCUCACUCUCUUCAUAUGGAUGAUGAAUAUGCUAAGCUUAUUAGGAGGAUGAACCCACCCAGGGUUGUGAUAGACAACAAUGCCUGUGAACACGCCACGGUUAUUCAGGUUGACAGUGUCAACAAACAUGGGAUUCUCCUGGAUGUUGUACAAGUUAUUUCAGAUAUGAACCUUGUAAUAACAAAGGCCUACAUCUCCUCCGAUGGAGUGUGGUUCAUGGAUGUAUUUAAUGUGAUUGAUCAUAAUGGAAACAAAAUCAGAGACAAGGAAGUCAUUGAUUAUAUUCAAAGGAGACUUGAAAACAAUCCCAGCUUUGUGCCAUCAUUGAGAGAGUCUGUUGGGGUUGUACCUACUGAAGAGCACACUGUUAUUGAACUUACGGGCACUGACAGGCCUGGGUUACUAUCUGAAAUCUGUGCAGUUCUCGCAGACCUUCACUGUAAUGUGGUGACUGCUGAGAUAUGGACACAUAAUACUAGGGCUGCGGCUGUAGUCCAUGUGACAGAUGAUUCCAGUGGGUGUGCCAUCAAGGAUCCAUCGCGCCUUUCUUCAAUAAGGGAUUUGCUUUGUAAUGUCCUUAGGGGCAGUGAUGAUCCAAAGACAGCAAGAACAACACUUUCACCCCCUGGAGUAACAAAUAGGGACAGAAGAUUACAUCAGAUUAUGUUUGCUGACAGGGACUAUGAAAGGGUUGAAAAAGCAGGAAAAGGGGGACUCAGAGAUAGCGAUGAACGCCCAUUUCCUCAUGUAACCGUCUUAGAUUGUGUUGAGAAAGAUUACACUGUGGUUACCAUGAGAGCAAAAGAUCGAUCAAAAUUGUUGUUCGAUAUUGUCUGCACUUUAACUGACAUGCAGUAUGUAGUUUUUCAUGGGGUUGUCCAGACAAUAAGGACAGAAGCUUAUCAGGAGUUUUAUAUUCGACAUGUCGAUGGCUUUCCCAUAAGUUCAGAGGCUGAGCGAGAACGACUUGUGCAGUGUCUUGAAGCAGCAAUUGAAAGGCGGGCAUCUGAGGGAAUGGAGCUGGAGUUGCGCACAGAUGAUCGUGUAGGACUCCUCUCAGAUAUCACAAGAAUAUUUCGAGAGAACAGUUUAUGCAUCAAAAGAGCAGAAAUAUCAACAGAAGAUGGAAAGGCUAAAGAUACUUUUUAUGUCACAGAUGUGACUGGUAACCCAGUUGACCCUAAGAUUAUAGAUUCAAUUCGCAGACAGAUUGGUGACAAGGUACUGCAAGUAAAACAUAACUCUAAUCUGUCACCAAAGGCCCCUCAAUCAACAACAAUUGGAUUUCUCUUAGGAAAUUUUUUCAAAGCUCGAUCUUUUCAGAAUUUUAAGUUGAUCAGAUCUUAUUCUUAAGGCCUCUUUUGUAUAUUCUCAGCAUUUUCAUCUUGUUUCAAGGCAAACAGCAAUGUAUGUGAAAGAAAUUGUAUAUAUCAUCUUCCCCUCUCAGCACAGGGGCUUGGAAUUCACAGUGUAAGUAGAAAGCUUAAACACCUAUGUAUAUAGUUUAGUGUAAAUAGUUGUGCUCAGUAGCAUGCUCCCUAGGUUGUACAUGGAGUACGAAGUCUUUUUAGAUGAUGAAGUCCAAAAACGUAGUAAGUAGUACUUUUAGGUUUGGGUAUGUAUAUGAAAUUGAAUGCAAAAGAUGUAAUUGUAUGUAUAAUUGUCCAUCACCGUUCCUUUUUCUCUCUUUUCAGACUUACCCUGUCCCUGCACUAAGCAAUGGUGUAAAUUUGCUGCAUUCAUAUCGAAAGCAAGGUUAAUGAAAUAAAGAAAUAAUCUUUCUG